AUGGCUGCUGCAAUCCUCCCACCAGGGAGGAGGCAAGCGGACAAGACCCGCUGCUGCUGCUGUCACCGCAGACGCCAGCGUGGGGGUACAGGGAAGAGGACCGGGGGAAGAGGACCGGGAGCGGCAUCCCCGCGGGGAGCAGGUGUCGCUGCCUCCUGGCCGCGUUCCACUGCCCACAGCGCGGCCGCUCCGCGCCUCGGCCCCGCGCCCGGCCCGCGCAGCGAGCGCAGCGCAGCGCACUGCGGUGCGGCGGCCGCAGUGACUCAGGGCACGGCCCCGGCCCCAGCCCACCUGCCCCGGGCCGAGCACGCACUUCCAUCCCACCGCUCCCCGCGGCUCCCGGCAAACGCCGCCGUCCUCCCGCUCUCUGCCCCCUUCUCUCCGCCGCAGCGGGACCUGCGCGCUCCCCCCGCGGCCACCGCUUGGCCUCGCCGGGCUCCCGGCGCUGCCGCCGCUGCUCCGCGCUUGUCCCGCUCACCUUCCGCGGCAAAUCCUGCCGUGCGCGGCGAGCGGCGAUGCGGGGCGAUGCUGCCUCAGCCAGCGCUGCCUCUCCCGGCGGUGCCGCCUCCGGGGCGGGGCGGCGGCCGGGAGCCGCUGAUGGAGCCGAGGCGGGAGAAGCGCUCCCGAGGCCGGGCGGCGACAGGGAAGGCUGCCAGGAGCGCGUGGGCCACCCUCCCUCACGAGUCCUGUGGCCAUCGCCACUUUGGGGUUGGAGGGGAUCUUCAGGACCAUUCGUUCCUGCCGUGGGCAGGUGCUUAUUUUGCCCACAAAAAGGUACCCGGACUGUCUGUAACUCCUUUGUUUUUAUUGUCUCGUAUUGUCCUAAUCGUCCAAAUUUUUAUUACUCUAAUUUUAUUACUAUUUUUGUAACCAUUUUAUUACUAUUAAACUUUUAAAAUUUUAAAAACAAGCAAUUGGCAUUUUUCACAGCUGGGACACCUUCCACUAUCCCAGGU